AAUUUCUACUUUGAUGAUCAAUACUUACUUAGUGCUUUAAGUGCGUUUAUAGCUUAUACACACACACAUCCAAUCGUAAAGAUCACAGCGAUUAUAAUUAUAAUAAUAAUUAUUAAUAUUUUGUUUAGUGAAUUGUUGUAGCUGUAUCCGAAUAAGCGAUAUUAUUUUAUAUUAUAAAUUGCUAAAUUGCUGUAUAUACACUAUAAUAAUUAUUGCAAUAAAUAAUUGUUAUUAUAUUUCGUAGGAUAUAAAAAUGAAAAAAUCUCGUUUAAAAAUGAACAAAUGUCAUUUUGAAAACUUGGAAAAGUGUACGGAUGAGAUUUCUACAGAUGGUGUCCACCCUUUGCUGUUCUGUAGUCAUACAUGGACUAAAUGUGUUCCAAUCAGUCAUCGAGUUCAUUUGAUGCAUCCGUCGAUGUCCAUUGGACGUAAUUAUAGAUUAGCACUUGAAAAAACAUUACGGAAAGUUAACCAGGCACGAGAAAUAACUAUGAGCUGCAAAAUAUUAGAUGAAGAUCGUCAUUUAUUAAAUCGUUCGCUCCAAAAAGGCGAAUUCGAAUCACAUAAGAGAAAAACCACAAAUGAUUACAAAUGUUCCGGCGUUGUGCCUUUGGCGGAUUUGUUGUCCGGAAAGUAUUACAGGGAUAAAGCAGAAUUGAGGGAACAACAAAUGAUUGCAAAGAAAACUAAAAGAGAAAAAGCUAUGAUAAAACCAGAGUUACCUUUAAAUUUAAUUGGUUCAUCGUUACAAGCUUGUACUGCAAUGAGUCCUGACGAACAGCUAAAUAUACUAAAAGAUAUGUGGCAAAAAGAGAAAAAUGUUGAAAUUGUUAUAAGUAAAGAAGACAACGAAACAAUUGCAUACUAUUUAAACGAAGGUAUAACAAGUGAAUUUUAUAAUCCAUUUCCAGAACAAGUGUUGGAAAACAUAAAGAAAAAUCGUGUUAAACCGAAUCUGUUAAAAAAGUAUCAUUUUUUGGUAACAAUUUUGGAAAGUGAUGUACGACAAAAUUAUGAUACUGCUUGCAAAAAAAUACUCCUAGAUUAUAUACUAAUGGAUCCAGAUGAAUUAAAAAGAAUUGGAAUAACAAAUUAUUAUAGAUCAGAUUAUUCUUCUAUGCAAAUCAGAGGUCCUAUUCCGUGGCAUCAAACCGCUAUUAUUCAAAGAGAACAGCUAAGAAAUAAUUUAUAUAAUUUUAGUGACUCAAUUUUAAUGUUGAAUAACAUAUGGAAAAAGUAA